AUGAUGAAGAAACGGCAAGUGGUGGUGAAGAGAUCGGAGGUGGGGAGGAUCUCCACGACGACGUCGUCUUCGGUCAUGAGGAGCGUCCGCUACGGGGAGUGCCAGAAGAACCACGCCGCCAACAUCGGCGGAUACGCCGUCGACGGCUGCCGGGAGUUCAUGGCCAGCGGGCCCGACGACGACGGCGGAGGCGGAGGGGCGGCGCUCGUGUGCGCGGCGUGCGGCUGCCACAGGAACUUCCACAGGCGGGAGGUGGAGACGGCUGAGGUCGUGUGUGAGUACUCUCCGCCUAAUAACCACUCCUCCAGCCGCCGGUAG